GUCGUGCUGUAUCUUUUCCCAGGAAACAUAUGUUGGGACCACCACCUGGCCACACAUUUGCAGCUCUUUCGUGGUUCAGUCUCCUGAACGCACUGAUCCAAUCUGUUUUAGCAUUUUAUUGUGCUAAUUGUUGCCUGUAAUCUGAUUACCAGCCUGAGCUGCUUUUGCCCCUGCAGUGUUUUGCGAUGCAUUUGCUGUAUUCCCUGAGCCCAGUGAUAGCCUGACAGCUCCAGUCUGUUCAGAGCUGCUGGUAGGAAUCUCCUUGCUCUGCAACACAGAAGGGCCUGCUAGUGCUGUGUGUUGGUUUAAAAUUAGCUGCUACUGGUACUGUUGCUGAAACCUCAUCUUCUCCUGCAAUUAUGUUCAGGAACCGCUGGAUUUCCAACUAUGUGGGAGCCAUAAAGUACUGUGGGGAAGGAUUUGAAAGUGAGGCUUCCAUCAGAUUUGAAAAUUCAAGACUAUUGCAAAGGAGGGCACUAAGCUUCCAAAAAGAACUGUCCUUUGAAGACAAAGAACAAUUGUGCAAGAGCACACAGGACAUUGAUGCUAAUAUUUUGGCAGUGCUUCCAAAAGUUUCAGAAUUAAGAAAGCGUUUUGAACCUGAAAGCCAUACUGCUUUGGAAAUGAACAGGAAAGAGAGGAUUGCCAGGCGUUUAGAAGCCAUUGAAAGUGACACCCAGUUGCAAAGCUGUCCUGGUUUAGUUUCACAUCGCCUGCUGGAAGAAGACACUCCUCGAUACACUCGGGCCAACGACCCUUGCAGUCCAUGUGCAGCAAGAAGGUUCAGUAAAGAAGAACUUAAUAUCCAGGAGAGUGAAGACCCCUCUUCAGAGAGACAGUCUAGAGCUAGGUGUCGCGCGGAGCCCCAGUCUAUUCACACAGAGUCAACCUAUAGCACAGGAAGCAUGGAAACUGCAGGCACGGAUUCAAAGGCAGAGAGGAUAGCCAGGUACAAGGCAGAGCGGAGGCGCCAGCUGGCAGAGAGAUAUGGCAUUUCGCUGGACCACGAACUGGAAUCGGAUUUCUCACCCAAGUACCCACGAAUGCGAAAGGAACCCGAGGCACUGGCGCAACAUGCCCAAGCCUCGCAGAACAGAAAGGAGCAGGAGGAGCAGGACAGAGAACUGAGCUCGCUGUACAGCACCAGGACUGGAUUUGUGAGAGAGCCAAAGAUCAUGCAGUCGAAAGAGAAUGCUUUCCGAGAGAGCGUGGACUGCUUUUCCGACCAGGAGAGGAUGAUGAAUCUGGAGAACUACAAGAGGGCACAGGAUCCGGGAGCCCAAACAGGGGUUUAUGGGAAACCGUUGUUUAUGGAUGUUUCCACCACCACCACAGUCCCGGGGAAAGACUUUUCUGCAGGCGAGGUGCCAGGCUCACCCAGACAUGGCCGCCAGUCAUCACUGCAGUCUCCACAGCAGUCACCGGGUGACCUGUUCAUUGAGCACCAAGCCCAAAACAUCCUCAGCAGACAAGGCCUCGUGGUAAAACCAAAGAGUGAGUGGUUUCUUCAGAAAGAUUCAGAAGGCGAGACACCUUGUCUUAUCAACUGGCCCUCCAGGUAUUGCUGGGUGUGGACUUGUCCAAUUCUUAGACUGUCCCUAACAUGACUCAUUCUAACUCAAUUUCAUCAGUUUUAUAAUAACCUCAACACAUUCUUAAUAUAAUGUCUGUCUGUCUGUCUGUUCCUUUAUGCAUUCGGACCCCACUGGAGCCAGUGCAACCAAACUUUGCAUGGCCUCCUCUUUCAUCCAGGGGAAGGUCUAGGGCUGUGUUUGGAUCCACAAUUUUGACCCCUGACGUACUUUAUUUAGUAACCCCAUUGCUGGAUCACUGCAGUAGCCAUGUAUCUCAAAUUAAAGAAAC